UUGAAAUGUUUCGAAUCUAACGUUGAAGAAUAUCGCUAACAAACAAACCUUAAAACACAUAUCAAAAUGGUGUCGGCGGAGCAGCAGCUGAUGGACCAACUCAGAAGAGCAAGAGAGCAAAGCGAAUUUGAAGACAAUCGAACUGACGAUAUUAUUUCAUCUGUCAAACAACAAGAGCUGAAAUAUGCGCAACUGAGUAAACAACUGGAAGAAGAAAGAAAGACUCUAGCUGAGCAGUUGGAACAGGUGGAGCUGGGUUCUGAGACAGCUUCUCUCAGAAGCAUUAGUGAGUCUGACCUAGGCAGUAGAACUAACAGUCUGACAUUGAGCCCCACCCCCAAUCCAAAUUUCCAGUACAGACCACACGUGAAAGUAGACGACUACUCGGACACAGAGAGCAGAUCCUCGACUGCUGUGCCAGCCAUUAACUCCUCACAUAUCUUGAACCUACAUCCAAAAUACAUAUCACAGCAACAGCAGCCUACGCAACAGUCAAUUAGCUUGCCACAUAUCAACUCACUGGAUCAUAAUCAGAAUAAACAGGUGCUGCAGGAAGUGAACCAGAAUCAGUCCACGCCGGAUGUGAAUAACCACAGGAGAGGUAGUGAGGGCAAUCGUAGCCGAGGUGUAAGCAGCAGCCACAGUACAGAAGCUACUCCAAAAUCGAGCAGGAGAAACAGUCCGCGCGGUCCGCGAUAUAACUUUGGAGUAGUGACAGCUGAACAGCGGGUUAACAUUGGGAUCAACCAGGACUUGGAGCAACCAGUAUCUCUCCCUGAGAACGAACAAAAUAUGAGGGUUUCACGUCCUCCGUCUGAUAGGAGAUUUUCUGGAAAUGUUUCGAACUCCUAUUCCGAAAAUGUGUAUCACCCCAACAUGCCCCCGGAUAGACCACAACUGCCUGCUGUUUAUGCCGGCGGAAAUUUCAACGGUGGAAGCAGGUACAGUGGAAGGGAUGAAUUUGAUUCCGGAAGAGGCGGAGAGGGGGAGCAGAAAUACUUCAACGACGAAGAUGCUAUUGGGUUUCCCGAACAGUCGCCAUCGAUACAGUUCAGUCCCCCGACAUCACUAGGGCGCGGAAACCAACUAAGGGCUUCCAGACAAGGCGAAGAGCAACAGUGGGACUCCACUCCAGACCACGUGUACACUAACGGACAGCCGCCCCAGAUGGCAAGGGACGCUAUGCGAACUCCGAGGAGGGGGGAGAUGGGAUCGGCUGGUCGUGAUUCGGAAUCCGAAGGACAGAUUACCCCGAGACAACAGCAGAAUAGCUAUGCUUCUUAUGAUCCACGAGCACCCGCCGUCCCGAGAACUCCAGGAAACACAGGCUUAGAUCAAUUCGGACAACCAUUUCAUCAACCUACUGAUUCGGAUUCAAUUCAAGGAUCAGUUUCAUCUUACUCGCGCAACAACAUAUCUAACAGUGGAAACAAACGUCAACCCCUGGGAAGUCAACAUAAUCUGAACGAAAGUGGACUUCGCGUGCCAUCGAGUGCCAGCAACAUGCAAGUACAGACUCACCCGUACUCGGCCACUCACCACCCGCAUCACCCAGCAACCCUAAUGAUUGACGCAACUUCCCCUCACGCCCAAUACAUCAACUCAAUGAGUCCGCCGGAGUCGAUGGGACAACACUCGCCUAGUGUACACAGCAGAACUCAGUAUCCGCACCCGGCUGUAUCUGCUACUGGAACACCCAUGAUAUUUGAUAUAGGAGAGAACGCUCAUAAAAGAGAUCAGCGCUGGCGCAAUCCGAAUCUGAUAGAGAUUCUCGAGUAUCUAGACCACGAUGACCCGCGCAUAAGGCUUAAUGCAGCUGCCUAUCUGCAGCAUCUAACCUACGAAGAUCAAGCCAUGAAGGUAAAGGCCCGUGAAAACAGAGCUGUGAACAUCAUCACUAAAAUGCUGGACUCAACUGAACCCGAGAUGAAGAAACACCUCCUGGGAAUACUCCGGAAUAUGUCGUUUGGAAAGGGAACUAUUGAAAAUAAGUUGGAAAUCCAGAGGCAGAGAUUGAUCCCCAUGUUGGCUCGCAUGCUCAGCACCUCACCUGACCCAGAAAUACAGGAACUCUGCUGUGCUAUUCUCUGGAACAUCUCGUCCGAACCAGACGUGAAACCAGAAAUAAUCGAGCAUGCCUUGAAAGUGAUAGUAGACACUGCAGUGGUUCCUGAGUCCGCUUGGCUCGAGUACGAGCGAGACCACAACACCUACUUGGGAUCGGAUACUGCCUCCCUGCCCCCCUCGAAGCCCUCCAGUCCCCAGGGGCCUCUUAUGCCACCCGAGUGGAGCAUGCUUUUCAGAAAUGCGACAGGAUGUCUCAGAAAUCUGAGCGCGGACAGAUUGGACUACCGACAGACUCUGCGACAGACGAGACAUUUGAUAGACGCUCUCAUACACGUUCUCAAUCUGGCCAUUCUGAAGAACGAAGUCAGCGGAAGGGCAGUGGAGAACUGCAUCUGCAUCAUUCGUAAUCUUACCUUCCAUUUGGCGGCCGAGUUGGAGAGGGCGGGAGAUCCGAGACUGGAGAGUGCACAUGAUAUGGGCGACCAUCGCUCACGGAACUCGAGGUCUGUCUCCCGGAACUCAGCCAGAUCAGACAAAGUGGGUCCAGGGUGUGGACCGAAAAAGAACAAACCCAAGUCUGCUGGUGGACGAGAUGACCAGUAUAGACAGCAAGAUGUCCUCUCAAGUGAUCCUUAUGCGAGGGGAGUUGAGUUAUUGUGGCAGCCGAUGAUGGCCAAUCUCUGCAUAGCUCUUUUGCGCGAAUCAUCCAAUCCAGAUACUCUGGAAGCUGCCGCCGGUACUCUUCAGAACAUGUGUGCGGGAGCCCAUCCGGUAAGUGAGACCAAAAAGAUGUUAGAUCGAACUAUAUACUGA